AUGCGAUCGCCCCUGCGUGAGGCGAAAUCACUUGAGGCAGGAUCACCACAAGGCCGUCGGAAGGACCACGAGAGUGAACUAGAGUCCCAUCUACGAGAGAAUCAGUUCUAUGGGACUUGUUACGAUCUGUACAGAGACCUUUACCGGAAGGUUGACUACGCGCGCAAACAGCUCAUGUGUGAUUUCGACCAGAAUAGAUUACUAUUUGAACUAGAGUCACUGCUUGUUGAACCAGGGUCAGUGCUCUUCAAACCAAGUCUGGUUCCUGUUGAGCCGAAGUCAUCCCCGCAAGGAAACCAACACCUAUACGAUACUGUCCAAGAGCUCGACAAGGCUGUGAGGAUGUCACGGGUGCAAGAAGCGCAAGCCCAGAGGGACUUUACGAGAUACUGGAAAAUACCGCAUGAUAUAGAGCAAUGUGAGACAUGGAUUUGA